CAUGGCGGACGAGCACAUAUGGUGAACUUGAUAGUAAUCAUUCGUUUCUGUCCUUGUUCUGGUGUAGUUUUUCGUUUUAUCACUAGUUAUGGAACUAUCCAGAGAACUGGACGAAAUUGACCAAGAACUCAAGCAAAUUGAGACACAAAUCGAAACUUUGCUAGAGAGGCAACAAUUUCUCCAGUCUCAAAAAGAGUUAAUUCAAUCGCAAAUUUGCAGUCAGCUGGUCCCUCGCGAACCUAGUUGUUCACAGAAAAAAGAAAAUAAUAUAGAAUGGUCAGCAAAGAAUUUCUCUUGGUCGGAAAAUGUGGAAGCUGCUCGAAAAAACACUUUUAAGAUCAAAUCUUUCCGUCCUCUACAGUUGGAAUGUAUAAACGCAACAAUGUCGGGUUCGGAUUGUAUUUUAAUAAUGCCCACCGGUGGAGGGAAAAGCUUAUGCUUUCAGUUGCCAGCUGUGAUUUCGAAGGGGAUCACUCUGGUUGUUUCACCGCUGAUUUCUUUGAUGGAGGAUCAGCUCAUGGCUCUAAAGGAACUGAAAAUUGAUAGUACGUUCUUGAACUCUACUUGCUCCAAAGAGGAGGUCAAUGCAGUACAACAUGCUAUGGUAGACAAGAAAUCCGGUUUGAAAUUGUUGUAUGUAACACCAGAAAAGAUUGCCAAAAGCAAGAGGUUUAUGGCUAAACUAGAGAAAACAUAUGAAGGUGGCAGACUAUCGCGAAUCGUGAUCGAUGAAGUACAUUGCACAAGUCAGUGGGGCCAUGAUUUCCGUCCUGAUUAUAAAAUCCUAGGGAUUCUGAAGCGUCAGUUCCCUGGGGUUCCAAUUCUGGGUCUCACAGCAACAGCAACAUCAAAAGUUGUUGAUGAUGUUAAGAAGAUUCUUGGCCUUCAGCAAAACUGUGUAUUCUUCAAAGCCUCCUUCAAUAGACCCAACUUAUUCUAUGAGGUGCUGCAAAAACCCUCAAAGCAUGAUGAGUGUAUGGAGGAAAUUAAGAAACUACUGACACAGAAAUUUCCAGGGCAAUCAGGUAUUGUGUAUUGUUUCUCCCGAAAGGACUCUGUAACAAUAGCCUCCAGUUUGAAGUCGCAUGGUAUAAAGGCUGCAUGUUACCAUGGUGAUCUUGACAGCCAGUCUCGUAGUCAAGUGCACAGGGCGUGGACAAGCAAUGCAAUACAAGUUGUGGUAGCUACAGUAGCCUUUGGAAUGGGAAUUGAUAAGCCUGAUGUCCGCUUUGUUAUACAUCACUCCCUUAGCAAAUCCAUGGAGAACUUUUAUCAAGAAAGUGGACGGGCAGGGCGGGAUGACAGAGAGUCUCACUGUAUUUUGUUCUAUCGUCCCUUUGACAUGUUUCAACAAAGCACAAUGGUCUUCACAGAGCAAACGGGUUUGGAGAAUCUCUAUGGAAUGUUGGCCUACUGUCAAGAACAAAAAGUUUGCAGGCGCUCUCUUAUUGGACGUCAUUUCGGCGAGUCCUGGAACCCAGUUGAUUGUCACGAAAUGUGCGACAACUGCAAGAAGACUGGGGACCAAACAGACGGUUCAUCUUCAAUUGAAGCCCGCGACAUCACAAACCACUGUCAAGAUAUCCUCAAAAUUCUCCAGCAAGCAGUCUCUCUUUCGGAACGAGUCACACCUGUGAAACUCGUAGACGCUUGGAACGGGAAAGGACAGGCAAGUCUGCGCGUGCGUGAAAUCAAGGCCCCAGAUCUUUCGCGGGAAGACUGUGAACGAGUGAUAAUUCAUUUGCUGCUGGAGGGCGUGCUGCGGGAAGACUUUCAUUUCACUCCAUAUUCAACUAUUAGCUACGUGCUACCUGGGUCCAAGGCGAGAGUCGUACAAUCAGGAACCAAACGGAUAUUCAUGAACUUCAGGACGAAUUCCCCUCAGAAAAAGAUUAAAAAGAAGACGCGCAAACGUGCUCUGAAUUCCUCAAAUCUGGAUGGAAGAAAUGGAACAGUUAGUAAGAAAAACGCCACUGAUCCUAACGCUAAGAGCUUCACAAAGACAACCCACAACUCUUCGGACAUCGCAGAUUACUGCAAUGGUGAUGACUUUGUUAGUAGUAUUAAACGCGCAAAGCUUUCCACACGAGCUAGCCUGGUUGAGUCGGAUGACGAUGAUGAAAUAAUUUGUCUGGAUUAAAAUCUUGACAGUUCAUCCCAGUAUUCCACCUUCCUCAAGUGUUCUGUCGACAUGGGAGCAGGUAUUACUAGUUGAAAUUGAAUGACUGUUUGCUGUCAAGGUUAAACUUAAUCCCUCGGUUCCACAGGACUUAUUUUAUCGGGUCAAUUCACUGGUACGUCCUCUCGCUCAAAAUUGAAUCCAUCAGAGAUCACAUCAACUUUGCAGGGCUCUCAAUUAGUUCAUUGCCAAGUAACAAGUGAAAUGGCUAGGGAGCGUUACAAGGGGACGGCAUACCAAGAGUCUACAUCGUUGACACUCUUCCAAGCAGAGCCCCGCACGAAGUACAGCAACUGAACACCACUUAUCUUGAAGACGACUUUGAUUCCAAGAUUAAAUGUGCUGUUAAAGAGACUCGUUGUUUAUUUUAGAAUCUCGCAAUAAUUGCACGAUUUGCAACGUUGUAAGAGAGACGACUUGUAAAGGUAAUCCGGCCAUUAAUUUUUUUCGCUUUAAUUAGAUAAUGACAGCUUUUCUAUAAAUAGCUGGGAGAUAAAUUAGUAAGGAAUAAAAAAAUUACUU